AUGAACAAACUAGGAGGAUAUUAUUUUCUUUUUUCGAUCUUCUACUUUUUGGAGUUAGGGGGACGUGAUAUUACCAAUAGAACAUAUGUAAUUUUGAGGCGCCUAAUAUCUAAUCAUUUGGCAGUUAGCUACAAUUAUUUGGGAACUAGACAAGAGAAGAAGGCGUUCAAAACUUCAUUUCUCAACAAGGUUAUAAUAAGGGCUGUUCUUUCUGGCACCAAUGCUACCAAAAAAGAUGUGUGAAGAAAAUGCCAUUAAAACUUGGUUAAAGCUUGCACCAAAAAGCUAAAAAGCAAAAU